AUGGAAAUGGAAAGCUGGCAGCAAGAACAGCCUGUGGUAUUGCGAACAUGGACAAUGGAAUCGCCUCAUAACUAUGAAAAUAACUGCCAUGAGGUCUCAGUCUUCCUAUGCCAUGGAGCAACUUACUUUGAGGUGGAAUUUGAUGAAAAAUGUGAAACUGAAAGGAGGUAUGAUUACCUGGAGUUUACUGAUGCCAGAGGUGCAAAAACUCGUUACGAUACAAAGGUUGGCACUGAGAAGUGGCCUAAGAAAGUGACCUUUAAGGCUGGCCCACGGCUGCAGUUUCUCUUUCACUCUGACAGCAGUAAUAAUGAGUGGGGCUACAAGUUUUCCGUCACUGCUUAUGGCCUGCCAGAUGUUGCCGUUUCUUGGGGCUUGGAUUUACAGCUUCUUGUAUCCCGGUUGAUGGGGCGUUUGGCUUCCCGAAGCAUGGCGCUGAAAUCUCUACGAGAACUAGGUAGUGAAGCAGACUUGCCUCCUUUGAAAGUAACAUCAGUUCUUAAUUCUCCUCUGUGGAAACCUGUCUUCAGGCAUCAGAUGUGUCCUGAGGCACUCCCGGGAGCCAGUCAAAGCAGUAAACUGCACCGAGAUAAAAAACAGGCUAGGAGCUCUCACGAGGAUGACUGCCGUAACUUUCUUAUCAACUUUGCAAAAUCAGAUCCUGCCCAGGACUUCAGUGGGCAAAAAUCUGAACUUUUCAAAGGACUUAUACAGGCAUGUAAAAAACAGACCCCAAAGACAGAUAUAGUUGCUGGUUCUACUGUUGAUCAAGCUGUGAACUCAACAUUUGCUGCUUUGGUGUAUCUCACUCCAGAUUUAUAUGAGAAGCUUCAGAAAUAUGUCAACAGUGGAGGCAAGGUGCCUUUGAGUGAUGAGUUUGCACAAGUAUAUUCCCUGGCUGAUUCAAUUAGAAUAUGGAUGUUGGAAAUGAAGCAGAAAUCCCUGAUGGGUAGGGGAAAUGAUACUGAGGAGAAGCAGAACACAGAAGCAAGUGAGGUGAACCCAGAAACUCUUGCAAAACUUUGUAUGCAGAAGAGCCUUUUGUUACUGAAUUUUUUGCCUGUAAGAGCAAAGACGAAAGAUGCGGCUUUAGACAGUUUGGAACCCCAAGACAUUGAUGAUACCCAACAAUAUGUCAGUGAUAAACACCAAAGAAAAGGUUCUGUUGUGGACACAGAUUUCCAGGCAGCACACUCAUUGUCAUCCAAUGGAGUAACUCAUCCUGUUUCAAAAGAGAGGAGCCAAAUGACACAAUCUGAUACGAAGAUUAAACAAGUUCCAGACCCCCUCCAUACAGAAGAAGCAUCUGCAUUUCCUAGCAAGCCUGUUGAAAAUACAGUUUCACAGCAAGAAGAUGUAUCAUCACCUCCUUCCACUCCUACACGAAAAUCUCAGUUCAGCCGUGGAAGACUAAGGCUGCUGUCUUUCAGAUCAAUGGAAGAGCCAAGAGCUGUGCCUACUGUGAAGGAAAAAUAUCCUAUAUUGAAAAACAUAUUAGACUUUAUUAAGGAUCAAUCACUUUCGCAUGAAAGUGUUUUAAAGGUUCUUGCUCUGAGAAAAUCCCAAGGGCAGAAUAUUAUGGAAGUGCUCAAGACAAUCCGCCAGUGCCUAGACUCACUUGGGCAGCCACACUGUUUUCAUCCACCAUGUGUACUUUUUCUCUUAGAACUUCUAGCCUGUCAGAAAGAUUUUACAAACUACUUUGGAAACUUGGAAGGCUGUGGUGCUGAGCUACACAAAGAGAUUCGAGAGUCCUACUAUCAGCUUGUUUUGUUCCUGGUAAAUUCUGUGAAGGGAUUUAGUACUAUUAAUGACAGGUCGUUGCUGCCUGCCUUAUCAUGUGUGCAGACAACUCUCCUUCACCUUUUGGAUAUGAGUUGGGAACCGAGCGAUCUUUCCUUCUUUGUUGAGAUUCAGUUACCACAUCUUCUUAUGACUACAUCACAAGAAAACAUAAGUAUUCACGACAGUGUCAUUUGUCAGUGGAGUGAAGAAGAUGAAAUUGCAGACUACAAGCAAAACUGUGAGUGGAUGGAUGAAUGUCAGGAUGUAAUGUUUGAGACCUGGUAUGAAAAGAUAGCUCAAGCUGACCCAGAGAAGCAGAGAAAGAUGCACAUGUUUGUUGCUCGUUACUGUGACCUGUUAAAUGUGGACAUAUCCUGCGAUGGCUGUGAUGAAAUUGCACCAUGGCAUCGCUACCGCUGUCUGCAAUGUAAUGACAUGGAUCUGUGUAAAACUUGUUUUCUUGGUGGAGUUAAACCUGAAGGACAUGAGGAUGACCAUGAAAUGGUUAACAUGGAGUAUGCCUGUGAUCACUGUCAAGGAGUUAUCAUAGGUCGGAGAAUGAACUGCAACGUGUGUGAUGACUUUGACCUUUGCUAUGGAUGCUAUUCUGCAAAGAAAUACUCUGACAGUCACUUGCCCACUCACAGCAUCACAGUGUAUCCGAUGGUGACUAUUCGAAUCAGUGACCGACAGAGGCUCAUCCAGCCGUAUGUCCACAAUUAUUCCUGGCUGUUGUUUGCAGCUUUGACUCUCUACAGUGCAGAUCUGGCAAAUGGGGAUGAAGUAGAAGGAGAGAAACUAGAUUCACAGGUCCUCAGUCAUGCCAGAGUUCUGCAACAUCAGUGCAUACAGCUCAUUGGAGACUGCUUGAUGAAAGCCCAGCACGGAAAAGGUCUGAAAAAUUUAGCUCUCCUCUGCAUGUUACCAGAAGGUGAAUCCUUCUCGGAGAACGACAGUGUUUCAGUUAGUCCUUCCACAGAUGGUGCUCCAAAAAGUCACGCUGGUGAUAAGGCAGUGAAGGGAAGAGAUGAGAAACCAAGCACAGGCUCUUUUAUGCAUUGCAAUGGGAAAGGAGAUACUCGGAAUGAAAUCCUGUCUCCUGCAGAAGAUAAAGUAGGAAAACAAGGAAGUGAAAGCAAAGCUGUCUUUGCAAAGAAAGCUGUUUUGAGACAAGAGUCAGACUUGUCUGUGGAUGAUAAUGUUUCUGCAACAGCAGAUGACUACCUCUCGGAGGAUUCAGCCCAGAAGCAAGCAGAGAAGGUUUUAAUACCUAGCCAGGAACAAGUUUUUGCUGAAUGCUCUCAGAAGAGGAUUCUAGGACUGCUGGCAGCUAUGUUACCACCUUUCAAAUCAGGUUCCACAAUGUCUUUGAUUAACUUGGAGCAAAUACUUCCACUGAUGUUUCAGGUUGUAAUCUCCAAUGCUGGCCACCUAAAUGAAACUUAUCAUUUAACAUUGGGACUUCUGGGCCAGUUAAUCCUGAGACUUAGGCCUGCAGAAGUGGAUGCUGCGGUGGCUAAAGUCCUUUCAGCCAAACAUAAUUUAUUUGCUGCGGGAGAUGGAUCUACAGUUCCAGAAGGCUGGAAGACAACUCAUCUUCUGUUCAGUCUGGGAGCUGUGUGUUUAGACAGCAGAGUAACUGCUCUUGCUUUCCUUUUUCUGGACUGGGCAAGCUCCAUGGCAGAUAUUCUUCGAUCUUUGAACUCUUCUGCGCAGUGGCAUAAUGUGAUCGCUGCUUUCACUGACCAUUGCGUUAAGCAACUGCCCUUCCAGCUAAAACACACCAAUAUCUUCACUUUAUUGGUGCUAGUUGGGUUUCCCGAGGUGCUGUGUAUGGGGACUCGUUCUGUGUACAUGGAUAAUGCUAAUGAGCCUCAUAAUGUGAUCAUCCUGAAGCAUUUCACUGAGAAAAACAGGGCAGUUGUAGUAGACAUCAAAACCCGAAAGAGAAAAACAGUGAAAGACUAUCAGUUGAUUCAGAAAUGUGGACAAGAAGGCAGUGAUUCCCAGACCCAAUUGAGACAGUACCUCCAGCACUUUGUUCUUAUAUCCACGCACCUUCUGCAAACCAGCAUGGACAGUAGCUAUGCUGAGGCAGUGGAAGCAACUUGGGUCUUGUCACUUGCUCUAAAGGGGCUUUACAGAACACUUAAGAUUCAUGGCUUUAAAGAGAUCCAAGCUGCCUUUCUUCAGUCUGGUUUACUCAAGCUGCUAGUGAAGAAAUGUAGCAAAGGAACUGGCUUCAGUAAGACCUGGCUUCUCAGAGACCUGGAGAUUUUGUCAAUAAUGCUGUACUCCUCAAAGAAAGAGAUCAGUUCCCUGGCUGAACGUGAGGAUACUGAACUGGAAGAAAGGGAACAAGAUCAAGAUGUGGAGCAACCCAUUGUCGGUCCUGGUGAUUUAGAGCAGAACAAACUUGACCCUCUGGAGGGUUUGGAUGAAGCCACCAAAAUAUGCUUCUUGAUGACACAUGAUGCACUUAAUGCACCUCUCCAUAUUCUUCGAGCCAUGUAUGAGUUGCAAAUGAAAAGAACAGAUUCUUUUUUCCUGGAAGUUCAAAAGAGGUUUGAUGGAGAUGUAAUUACAACAGAUGAGAGGAUCCGAACACUGGCUCAGAAAUGGCAACCCAGCAAACGUUUGAGGUUGGAGGAGCAGAGUUCAAAAGCAGUAGAUACAGAUAUGAUCAUCUUACCAUGUUUGUCAAAGCCUGCGCUCUGUGAUAAAGCAACAGAAGAAACCAAUCCAGUUGCCCAGAAACUAAUAACCAACACAGAGAGUGAUCUACAGCUUAGUUAUGCCAAGCAACGUCGCACUAAGAGUUCAAUACUCCUGCACAAGGAGCUCGACUCUAGAAGUAAAAAGGCAGUGAGGGACUACCUGUAUCGUGUCAAUGAGGCAACUGCUGUUCUUUAUGCCAGGCAUGUGCUGGCAUCAUUGUUAGCUGAGUGGCCAGAUGAUGUGGCAAUAAAUGAGGAAAUCCUAGAUCUUUGUGGCCCAGCCCAUAUGACGUACAUACUGGACAUGCUUAUGCAGCUAGAGGAAAAGCAGUUAUGGGAAAAAAUUCUACAGAAAGUACUGCAUGGGUGCAAUGAGAGCAUGCUAGGAACAAUGGCAUUGACAGCUUGCCAGUUCAUGGAGGAACCCGGAAUGGCAGUCCAGAUGCGUGAAUCUAAACAUCCUUAUAACAACAAUACUAAUUUUGAGGAUAAAGUUCACAUUCCCGGUGCUAUCUACCUCUCAAUCAAAUUUGACUCUCAGUGUAAUACAGAAGAAGGCUGUGAUGAGUUGCUCAUGUCUAGCAGCAGUGAUUUCCAGCAGGAUCGGCACAGCUUCAGUGGGUCUCCACAGAAAUGGAAUGAUUUUGAGCUUCCAGGAGACACACUCUAUUACCGAUUUACUUCUGACAUGAGUAACACUGAGUGGGGUUAUAAGUUUACGGUGACAGCAGGUCAUCUUGGAAGGUUUCAGACAGGGUUUGAAAUUCUAAAGCAGAUGCUGUCUGAGGAAAGGGUAGUUCCUCACCUCCCGCUGGCCAAAAUCUGGGAAUGGCAGGUCGGGGUAGCGUGCCGUCAGACUGGUCACCAGCGUUUGAAGGCAAUCCACUUGCUCUUGAAGAUAGUGCAGUGCAGCGCCCAGAGGGACUGUGACCUCACCUUGUUGAAGCCGCUUUGGCAGCUUUUCACCCACAUGGAAAACAACUUGUGUCACGACAUGGCCAAGCCUGGUAUCCUCCUUCCUCUUCAUCGUGCCCUUGCAGAACUCUUCUUUGUUACAGAAAACAGAGUUACUGAGCUUGGAUCUCUACAGGAGUAUUUGCUUGCCUUAAAUACUGAAGAUCAUCUUCAUCGCUGCACAGCACAGGCCCUGAAAAACAUUGCUGCUAUCAGCCUUGCCAUUAACUAUCCAAACAAAUCAACAAGUUUCUGGAAUGUUUAAUACUGGCUCAGGCCGGAGUGCAUGGGAUAGAGUAGUUUGUCCAUAGGACAUUGGAACAAACAUCUUAACUCCGUUCAGGAAAAAUUCCUUCAUCUUCAGUGUAUGAGCACUCUGCAGCCUUCCUUCCUUCCACCUUGAUGUAGAAUUUGUAAAAGUAAAAGCGCACUUCAAUGAAAAAGCACAUCUUGAAGUAACUCACGUGUCGCCUACAGUUAUGUAUGCACAUAUUGUAGCAUGUUAGAGUAAACGGAACAAUAUUUUUUUUUUUAUUCAGAGGAAGUAAACAAAAGAAGGUAGCUGAAGUAUGAGAAUGGAAGGCCCCCGCAUUGGUAUCAUCUGCUCCCAAGGAAACUUGAUUGAUGGACGUGACAGCUUUGAAAAUACUGCUGAACUUGGAGUGAUGCUGCCAGCAGCAUCUAUUAUAUAUCCCUGAAGUGAAACGGGCAAACCAGAAUCUGGUGGGCUGGUGCAGAAAUGGUCCACGCUUGAGUCCUGUCAUGUUUGCUUUUGCUUUGAAGGCUACUACCCAAGGAAAAGAACUUUAAUUCUUACUAAACUGCAGGUUGUAAAACAAAUUCUGAGUGGUUUGCAUAGCAGUUAAAGGAUUUCAGUUUCAGAGCAUCAUCGUGCAAGA